AUGGUCCGCCCAUCUCGUAUUGCUCGAAAAGUCCGAAGGGAACAUGAGCGACAGCAAGGUAUAUUAAAGAACAAACAUAAGGCGCAGGGUGCUCGACAACUUUCAAGAGAUUGUGGUACCAACAAACAAACCUCCCUUGAUACACAUGUUGUUGGUUGUGGCCAGUCAACCAUAGGCAGUCUCGUGGCACCGAAACCGAUCCGCGGCAUCCGAAUAGGUUCCCUACGACGUAAAACCAAACGAGAUCUGAAGAACAAACUUUUCAAAGGAGUCGUUGUUAUUGAGCCCAGAGAAACUGCACUCGCUAGCGCGGCAAAAGAGGUUGAUUCCUACUUGAAUGAAGACAGAUUAGUUCUUUGGACUGAUGGUUCUCGCAACGAGCUUUCUGAUUGUGGAAUAGGCAUUGCUUACCGCUCCUCCAAGUAUGUAUGGGAGGAUCUUUCUUGGCGUAUUCGAGGCCAAAUUUCGACCUAUCUUCUCGAAAUAUAUGCUAUCGUCAGAGCUCUUGAGAUAGGAUGGGACAUGUGUCGCAAUCAAGGAGCUGAACGAAAGCCGAGCAAAAUCAUAAUUUACAGCGAUUGCUGUGAUGCACUGAGACGAUUUGAUCAGUUUCGGAAUUCACUAAAAAGAUUGGAAAAACUUACCUAUGCAGAGCAACUGAUUGUACCGGGGAUCAUUGCGUCCGAAGCUUUGAACGUACUUGAGGUUGAGGUCGAAUUACGAUAUGUUCCUGGACAUUCAGGAGUCGAGGGGAACGUAAGAGCCGAUCGCGCUGCGAAGAUUGGUAGGAAAAACUCUAUUGGAAAAGGACAGUUGACAGUAGCAAGAGUAGUCGGAUCUCGAGCCUAA